CUUCACGGAUGACUCCGACUUUAAACCCCGCCCCGGUCUGCCCUACAUUAACAGCGAACGCACCACACUGGGCGUACACAGUGAGCCGCUUACCGUAGGCAAAGCCGGAGGAGAAACAACAACAACAACAGAAAUGGGGGUGAAAGUCAGAGUCGAAUAUUGUGGCGGAUGAGGAUACGGACCCCGCUAUCAGGAGCUCGCCCGGGUUGUCAGGGAUGAGUUUCCCGAUGCGGAUGUGUCAGGCUUCGUGGGAAGACUGGGCAGCUUUGAGAUUGAAAUCAAUGGGCAGCUGGUCUUCUCCAAGCUUGAGACGAGCGGCUUUCCCUAUGAGGAUGAUGUCUUGAAUGCCAUCCAGAACGCCCAUGACGGGAAGCCUGUGCAGAAGAUCACCAAAAGCCGACCGCCGUGUGUCAUCAUGUAAACCUCCCUGUCUGAUGCAGUCCUGCACGGAGACAGACCAGUGCGGCUGCAGUGGAGCUGGUCUGCUUGGUGCAGAUCACUAAACUCGGCUCUGCCUUCUGGCUCUCCUCUCUCUUCCCAUUGUGGUUCUUCAGGAUGUUAAUGAUUACUUUAGCCUCAAGGAUUAAAGGUUAUGGUAUGAUGAAUCAGUUCCUGGAGUUCCUCCUUUAUAGGAAGUGAGACGGGGAGAAGAUGGCACAGAAAUGUUUGAGGGAGCUCACUUUUGUUUUUGAACAACCAUGUUGUCUGGCAUUCUCUUACUGCCUACUGUGUUUUUGUUUGUGUUUCAAGGCUUUGUUUACUGAUUUCAUAUGCAGGUAGUUUUAUUUCAUUGCAAGGGACUCUUGGGCUCGUCAUGUCUGCCUCUGCACAGCUGAAUAUGCUGAAUAAUCUUUUAAAAGCGUUUUUCUAAAAUUUGUUGACUACUAGCAGAGUGAAAACAUUAAAACAUUUAAAUUAAACAUUAAACCUUUAAAAUGGUUCUUUUUUUAAUGCUGCUACUGUUGUCAGCUGCAGCCCAGCUCUGCCAGUUGUUGUUGUUGUUUUUUUUGCUUGUUUGUUUUUAAUGAAAGCUCCAGUUCAAACUGGUCAGGUCCAAGAUGGAUUACCAGAAGUGCUUCUGAAGACCACCACAGACUGGUCUGUCAGCUCACAGUGGUUUGACUUUGGGCUCAUUUUCCACAAAUCUUGAAUUAUUUUCUCAGAUGUCAGAACUGUAAACUUUAAAUAAAGAUAAUGGUUGUUAUGUA